CAUAACAAGCUUUUUAUAAAUAUUAAAUAUGUCCACUAACAUUACAUGGCACGAAGGUAGCGUCUCCUUGGCUGAACGUCAGACUCUUUUGAACCAAAAGGGUUUCACUCUUUGGUUCACUGGUCUCUCUGCCUCUGGUAAAUCUACUUUGGCUUCUGCUUUAGAACAAACUUUGCUUCACGCUGGCGUCAAUGCUUAUCGUUUAGAUGGUGACAACAUUCGUUUCGGUUUGAAUAAGAACUUGGGUUUUGGUCCUGAUGAUCGUACCGAGAACAUUCGUCGUAUUUCAGAGGUUGCCAAGUUGUUUGCUGAUGCUACUGUUAUUGCUAUCACUGCUUUUAUCAGUCCUUAUAGAGCUGAUCGUGAUACUGCCAGAGCUCUUCAUCAAGCUGCCAACAUCCCCUUCAUUGAAGUGUAUGCUGAUGCUCCUCUUUCUGUUGUCGAAGAACGUGAUCCCAAGGGUCUUUACAAGAAGGCUAAGGCUGGUGAGAUCAAGGAAUUCACUGGUAUCUCUGCUCCUUAUGAAGCUCCCGAGAAUGCUGAAAUCCACAUCAAGACUCACGAAGGCACUGUCGAACAAGGUGUUCAACAAAUCUUGGAUUAUCUUGUCAAGAACAACCAUCUCACCACUGAUCAAAUUGCCAAGAAGAACUAAAAAAAAGAGAGAGAGUAAUAUUAGUGCAAUCAUUGCGUGUAUCUGUAUUUUUAUAAUUUAGUGAUCAAUGGACCGUGUAUAGAAAUAAAUCAUUGUCAUUUCCCCACC